CUGAGUUCACCGAGUGCUUCGGAAUGCGAGGUUUCGGCUUGCGAGUCUCUCCCUCCCUGACUCGGCUUCACUCCGAGCAGCAGCGGCGGCGGCGUUUUCAUUCGUCACCGCAGCCAUGAAGCGAACAAAGGGACGCACAGGUAAAGAGGAGGUGAUGACUGUUGAAAUGAAGGAAGAAAUCAUCGCGUGUCAUGACCGCGGUGUGCGCGUGACUGAGCUCGCCAACAUCUUCGACAAGGCCCCGUCCACCAUUUGUGCCAUUCUGAAGAGGAAGGAAGACAUAAAGAGGCUGAAGCCUGCAGAAGGGGUCGCAGCAAUAACGAAGAAAACCCCCCAUGCUCUGCAGGAUGUGGAAAAUCUGCUUCUUAUCUGGAUAAAUGAGAAAAUGCUUGCUGGUGAACGAGUCACAGAAUCCAUUGUUUGCAGUAAAGCAAUAGCAUUGUUCGAUGACAUCGUAAGUAAAGCGCCCGGUUCUUCGUCGGGCAGGGACUUCAACGCCAGCCAUGGAUGGUACGAGAACUUUAAAAAGAGAAGUGGUGUGCAAUGUACUGUGCAACCCAAAGAACCGGUGGACACGUUUGCAGCGGAGUUCAAGAGGUUGGUGGAUUCUGAGGGUUACCUGCCCCAACAGGUUUUUAACUGUGAUGAGAUGGGACUCUUCUGGAAGAGGAUGCCACGAAGGACCUUCUUGACUGUGGAGGAGAAGGCGAUGCGAGGUCCCAAGCCCAUGAAAGACCGUCUCAACCUCUUGUUCUGUGCCAAUGCAAGCGGGGACUUAAAACUUAAGCCCUUACUUGUUUAUCACUCUGAGACCACACGCGCUUUCAAGAAGUUCCGAGUGCAAACAAGCAAGUUAAAUGUCAUGUGGCGGUCCAACAUCAAGGCAAGGAUGACGCGACAGUUUUUCAUGGAGUGGCUCGGCGAGGUCUUCAGUCCUACGGUGAAGGACUAUCUUGUGGAAAAGAACCUGCCACUCAAAGUCCUGCUGGUUAUGGACAACACACCGACUCAUCCUCCUCGUCUGGAAGGCGAUUUUCAGUUCAUUCAAAUCAAGUUUCUGCCUGCAAACAUUACUUCACGAGUCCAACCAAUGGACCAGCAGGUCUUUUCCAAUUUCAAGAAGCUGUACACAAAAGCUGUGUUCGAGACGUGCUUCGAGGUGACCCAAGGAUCUAAGAUUCCCCUCAGAGAAUAUUGGAAAGACCACUUCCAUAUGCUGAGCUGCCUCCAGUGCAUUGAUGAAGCUUGGGAUGCAGUGACCAUGAGGACUCUCCGUUCUGCUUGGCUGAAGCUGUGGCCUGACUGUGUUCCUCAACAGUACACCGAGGGACUUUCUACUGCAGAUGAGCAUGUUGUGGAGGAAAUUGUGUCCAUGGCCAAGACCAUGGGCCUGGAGGUGAAUGGUGCAGACAUUGACAGCCUGGUGGAGGAGCACAACCAGGAUCUGACAACUGAUGAACUCAUGCUGCUCUAUAGGGAGCAACAGCAGCCAACAGGCUCUUCGUCUGAAGACGAGGAGGACAUCCUCCCUUCAAAAGAGAUACGAGAGGUGUGCAACAUGUGGAAAAAAAUGCAAGCUUUUGUGAAGAAAAAUCACCCAAAUAAGGCAUCAACUAUGACAGCAAUAAAUCUGUUCAAUGACAAUGCUAUGGCACAUUUCCAUGACAUUCUACGCCAGAGGCAAAAGCAAAAGAGAGCGUCUUUGUCUUUGGAUGGAAUCCUUAUGACUCUUCCAUCAAAGAGAAAAGGGUCCAUGCAGCGUGAAGUUGGGAGAGAGUCAAAAAAGAACAAGUCUAGUGAUACAACAGCAGCCAGUGCUGAUGUGUUCAUGGAUGAGGAUUCUCCUACAGAGCUCUAAGCUCCCCCUCUCUUGUCUCCCUCAUGCCGGACACGACUGCUCUCCAGCUUAAGUGAACUUUUUCUUUGCUGUACAGUGUCCUUACUACCUCCGCCAAGUUGGCGAUGUUGUUGCCAAAGUUUGUCUGUUUGUAAAAUAACUCCAGGAGAUGUGAAUGACUUGAAUUGUUUUUCAGGAACCGUUGAUUUUCACAGGACUAAAAACUGACGAUUACAUGUCUGUGGUAUUGCGGAUGACCGUCUGGAGACUCCACAGAGCCACCAUGCCAAUUUGAAUUUGACUAUCAAUGAUGUUUCAUAUGUUAAGAGCGUAUCUGAUUAUGUUGACACGGUUUGCCCAUUUAGUCCAUCUGGUGAAAAUCACAAUAUCUGUGUUCAUUUGCAGCUUGCUGGAUGUUUCUGUUCCGCCUGAGUUGGCCAGGGAAAAAAAUAAAAAGAAAAGACAAGAGGAAUACAUGUGUUUGUGUCCAUAUAUGGCAGAGAUCUGACAAGUUCCCAGUAUUUCUUGUUGCAGUAUUUGCUUUUAUUGGUGAGCGUUUGUUCAGAACUGCCUUGGUGUACUAGUGUACAGGAGAAUGAAAGAGAUGGUUUGAUGUCGGAGGAAUGCGCCAGACACAGACCUGCCUGGACAGCAUCAGAGACGAGGAUGUAGGCACAGCUUGGUGGGGUCUUCUGAGGCGACCAUGGUGUCUGGACUUGAG